AUGACAAUUGCAGCAAAAACUAUUGAGAAAGAAGGUGCUACCAAAGAGGAAAUAGCAUCGAACAAUGAUUUGAAAGUUGAUGUUGAUGGUUCCAACAGAGUUGACGAUAGCAAGGAUGAUGAGGUCGAUGACGAUGACGAUGACGAUGACGACGAAGAUGAUGACGACGACGACGACGACGACAACGAAGAUGAUGAUCAUGCUUCUAUGAUUGCUCAAUCUGAACUAUCCAGUGUCGUUGGUACUCCAACGGGUGAUUUUGGGAAAUCAGAUGCAUUCCAUGAUGAUAAAAAACGUAAAUUAGAUGAGAGCAGUCCUGAUAAAAAUGCAGAGAAGCCUAAUUCUGAAAUGACGAAUAGAUCGGAUAUUUCCAAUGGCAGUAACAAACCAGUAAGCACUAAAAUGUCUACUUCUGUUUUGGAAAGAAGAAGAUUAGGUCGUCAAAGAGCUGCCGCUGCCUAUGCUAUAAAACUUCAAAAGACUGGAAUUGAGAAGAAAGAGAAUGACAACAUUCAAUCAACAGGCCUGUUUCGUCCAAUACCUUUAGUUAAUCAAAAGAAUUGUUCUUCCGAUUACUUAAAAACUAAUAGCCAGAUAUUUGCAUUGAGAGAAAGAAAAGUAUUGAGAAAUAACACCAAUAUUAUUAAUAUCAACAGUGGGAAUAACAGCAAUUCUACUUCGGGCACUACUGCAAAUACUCCAGAAGUCUCUGAUUUAAAAAAUGUUAACAGUGAAAGUAAUGUUUCGUUAAUUGAUGAAACCAUUCUUAAGAAUAAUCCAGAUAAUAUUGUUUUUGAUGACCCUACAACAACAAUUGUGAUACACCCCGGAUCAAGAUAUUUGAAAAUAGGUUUUGCAAAAGAUGAUUCACCUUUAGUAAUUCCAAAUUGUGUUGCCUUUCCUAAAAAUUCAUUAUACUCUGAAAAUGUAGAAGAGACAAUUGUGAGCAAAGAAGAAUCAGAUAACUUUAAAACGAAAAAGAAUCAAAUUCAACAAAGUUUUAGAGAUAGAAUGAGAUAUUAUAAAAGGAAGAUUCAAAACAAUAGUCAUGAAAGAGUAAGGUCAUUUAAUAUACAAAGUAAGCCAGAAAAGGUUGAAGAUAAGACAGAAUAUAAUCGUGUUGAAUGGAUUACGAACCCAGAUAAAAUAUAUUAUGGUGAAGAGGCAAGCAGAUGCUCUAAGGAUGCUUUUAUUAUAAGGUAUCCAUUUGUAAAAGGAGGAUCUUUCAAUAUCACUUCUCCAUACUAUAACUCUUUGCCGGAAAUUAUUGGAGAUAUUUCUAACUUAUUUGAAUAUGCAUUGAGUCAAGAUAGAUUUAAUUUAAAGCCUAGUGAAUACUCGAAAUAUAAGAUUAUUUUGGUUAUUCCAGAUAUAUUUGAAAAAAGUCAUUUAGAAACAAUGUUCCGUGUUUUAUUAAAAGAGAUGAAGUUCCAAGCGGUGGCAAUUAUGCAAGAAUCAUUAGCUGCAUCCUAUGGUGCAGGUAUCGGUGGUGCAACUUGUAUUGUUAAUAUUGGGGCUACUCAAACUAGAGUGGCAUGUAUUGAUGAAGGCACCGUAUCCGAACAUAGUUUGAUCACAUUGGAUUAUGGUGGUGAUGAUAUAACAAAGCUAUUUUUGCAUCUUUUAUUACAAAACGAAUUUCCAUAUCAGGAUCUAGAUAUAAAUUCCAGCCAUGGUUGGAGGCAAAUUGAAAAUCUUAAGAAACAAUUUGUUACGUUUGAAGAUGCUAAUAUAACUGUCCAAUUAUAUAACUUCAUUAAGAAUAAACCAGGUGCCCAAGCUGAAAAACUUGAAUUUAAAGUAUUUGAUGAAGUGAUCAAUGCUCCAUUAGGUUUAUUCUAUCCAGAAAUCUUUAGAAUAAUGGCUGAAGAAAAUGAAAAGAGAAGAGUAAAUAAAAAAUUACAGGAUCAACUACCACCAUCAACUGAUUUAUAUACCGAAGAAAGAGAUGACUGGAGAUCAUUAUCACAAGUUCAAUGUUUAGAUAACGAUACAUAUUCAGGGAAUGAUAAUGACUUAGAUGUGAUUACAAAACUGCUAAAUGCAAAUCUGAAUUUGGACGACAUGGACUUAAUUAACAAUGAUCAAAAUGAAAAUGAAAAAAAUUAUACGUCACUAGAUAAAGCAAUUAUUCAAAGUAUCACUAAUGCGGUUGUAACUAUGGAUACUUCUAAAAUGACACAAUUCUAUAAUAAUAUCAUGGUUGUUGGUGGCUCUUCUAGUAUUCCAUCUUUAGAUUUUAUCCUAACGGAUCGCAUUAAUAUAUGGAGACCAAGAAUAUUGAGUUCCAGAGAAUUCCCAAGUUUUUUCAGAAACUUAGUGAAGCAAGUAAAAGACUUCAAUACUGCAAAUAAAUCAAAUAACAGACCAGAAGAAGGUGAAGAAGAGCAAAAAAAAGGAAUUGCAGAAUUAAUCAAAACAGAAUUGAAAAAAUAUAAAGAUAAUCUUGAAUCUCAAAAUGCAAAUGAACAUUUACUACCAGUUUCUGUUUUACCACCACCAGCUGAUAUGGAUCCAUCUGUACUUAACUGGAAAGGUGCUAGUGUGUUAGGUCAACUAAAAUUAAUUGAAGAGCUAUACGUCACAAAUGCUGAUUGGGAUAUGUUAGGAAGCAGGAUAUUACAAUACAAAUGUCUAUUCCCUUACUGA